GACAGCAGGGACCAGCACAGCCACAGCCCUCCUGUCACCGCCGAGCCAUGGCACUCCUGGCCCCGCUUGUCGUCGGGCUGCUGGCCGUGUCCUGCUGUGCGGCCCCACUCCAGGGCAAGCCGCAGGCGGUUGUCACCUUCCCGGGGGACCUGACCAGCACCCUGCCGGAUCUGCAGCUGGCAGAGCGCUACCUGCAGAGGUUCGGCUACACCACGGAGGCAGAGGCUAAGAUUGGUGGCAGCCAGGUGUCCCUGGGCAAGGCACUGCUCAAGAUGCAGAAGCAGCUGGGCCUGGAGGAGACAGGAGAGCUGGACGCUGCCACAUUGGAGGCCAUGCGAGCCCCCCGCUGCGGUGUCCCUGACGUGGGAACCUUCCUUACCUUUGAGGGGGACCUCAAGUGGGACCACAUGGACCUAACUUACCGGGUGAUAAACUACUCCCCCGACCUGGACCGUGCUGUGAUCGAUGAUGCCUUCAGACGGGCGUUCCAAGUGUGGAGCGAUGUGACCCCUCUCACCUUCACCCAGAUAUACAGUGGCGAGGCAGACAUCAUGAUCAUGUUUGGCAGCAAAGAGCAUGGGGACGGGUACCCCUUCGACGGCAAGGACGGGCUCCUGGCCCACGCCUUUCCCCCAGGCCAGGGCAUCCAGGGUGAUGCUCACUUUGACGAUGAUGAGUUCUGGACACUGGGAACUGGCUUAGUGGUGAAGACCCGCCAUGGGAAUGCCAAUGGAGCUGAAUGCCACUUCCCCUUCAUCUUCGAGGGCCGCUCCUACUCUCAGUGCACCACAGAGGGGCGCAAGGAUGGGCUGCCCUGGUGUGCCACCACCUCCAACUACGACCAGGACAAGAAAUAUGGCUUCUGCCCCAGCGAACUCCUCUACACCAAUGGUGGGAACAGUGAUGGAGCCCCCUGCGUCUUCCCCUUCAUCUUUGAUGGCACGUCCUACGAUACCUGUACCACAGAUGGGCGCUCCGAUGGCUACCGCUGGUGUGCCACCACCUCCAGCUUUGACCAGGACAAGAAAUACGGCUUCUGCCCCAACCGAGAUACGGCGGUGAUCGGUGGCAACUCCCAGGGGGACCCGUGCGUCUUUCCCUUCACCUUCCUGGGGCAGUCCUACAGUGCCUGCACCAGCCAGGGCCGUCAGGAUGGCAAACUCUGGUGUGCCACCACCAGCAACUAUGACAUCGACAAGAAGUGGGGCUUCUGCCCUGACAGAGGUUACAGCAUCUUCCUGGUGGCUGCCCAUGAGUUUGGACACUCACUGGGGCUGGACCACUCCAGUGUGCGUGAGGCCCUGAUGUACCCCAUGUACAGUUACAUCCAGGACUUCCAGCUGCACCCCGAUGAUGUCCAGGGCAUCCAGUACCUCUACGGUCGUGGCUCUGGCCCUAAGCCCACUGCACCUGCACCUGCUCCUACUGAGGAGCCCCAGCCUGUGCCCACAGAGGAGCCCCAGCCCAUGCCCACAGAGGCUGGCAGCACCUCCACCACUGAGGAGGAGGAUGAGGAGGAGACAACACCACAGCCCACAGUUGGACCCAUUCCUGUGGACCCCAGCCGGGAUGCCUGCAUGGAAAAGAACUUUGAUGCUAUCACAGAGAUCAAUGGGGAGCUGUACUUCUUCAAGGAUGGGAAAUACUGGACCUACUCGUCCUUCUGGAAAUCGGGCAUCCAGGGUGCCUUCUCUGUUGCUGAUACCUGGCCUGGCCUCCCAGACACCAUCGAUGCUGUUUUCCAGGAUUUGCUCACCAAGAGGGUCUUCUUCUUUGCUGGUCGGCAGUUCUGGGUGUUUUCUGGGAAGAGUGUGCUGGGCCCCCGGGGGAUUGAGAAGUUGGGUAUAGGGAAGGAAGCUGGCCGCCUCUCGGGGGCCCUGCAGCGGGGCCGUGGCAAAGUGCUGCUCUUCAGCGGGGAGAGCUACUGGAGGCUGGAUGUGAAGGUUCAGAGGGUGGACAAGGGUUACCCCCGUGCCACCGACGACGUUUUCACCGGCGUCCCCCUUGAUGCACGCAAUGUGUUCCUCUACCAAGGCAAGUACCACUUCUGCCGGGGCAGCUUCUACUGGAGGAUGACACCGCGCUACCAGGUGGACCGGGUGGGCUACGUCAAGUAUGACAUCCUGCAGUGUCCCCAGCACUGAAGGUCUGACCAGUCACCGGCUCUGCCAGUGCUGCUCCCUGCCCGCUGCUCCCAACCUGCGGGCUCCUGUGUCCUAGGCUGACCCCUGGGAGCCUUGUCGCUGUGGGUAGCCCCAGAUGAGGUCACUAUCUUCCUGGAAGAAAGGGGCGGGGGGUCCUAGGGUCACCCCCUGGGAGCUGCCCAACCUGGGGAGCCCCAGCUGGGGAGGACUCUUGCCACAGCUGGCAUUGUGCCAUCCCUUCCAGUGCCAGCUCCACUGCACAGAGGCGUUUGUCUGGUGCAAACUGCACAUGGAUUCGAGACAAAUUUGUCUUUUUCCUGAGCCAGUGAUGCCAGGUCAGGCUGAGCCCCACUGGGAGCUGGCACCUGGGGACACACCAGGGUGGGACACAGGGUUUUGCCUACUCCUGCCCAUUCUGCCAACCAUCCCCUCUACCAAUUGCCUGCCGAUUUGUAAUAAAGACAAUUCUUUGGACAUA